AUGAAAGAACUGUUCGAGCGUAAACAAAACUUGCGGAGCAAAAACUCGCAUCUAUACCUGCAGGCACGCAAAGAAGUGCAAAACAAUCUUGAACUGUACAAGAACGCCAUGCUUGUGUACGAACAGAUGAAGACCGGUGCGUACAACACCGACUGGGUAUUUGAAUUGCCCAUUCAACGACUCAACAGCGUUAUAAAGGUGCUUGAGGGGAGUGUGUGCACGUAUUAUGAGCGGGUGUUCUUUCCUAUCGAGAAAAUACGCUGCUUCCUGACGAAAGAGUACUCGGAUGAGUGGAAGGAUCCCUUCGAUUGUGAGGGUGCUCUCAGGCUGUUGCACGUGUACACAGUGCUGAGAGACACGAUCGCACGAAAGAAGGAUGAAUUUGGUACUAAAGACCGUUUAUGUGCUGAUACGCAUCGCGUAUGUGCAGAAAUGGACUGUUUCGGUUCCUGCGAUGAUAUUUUUCACGCAGAAGUAGAUAUGAUCAACGAUAUGGUCAGUUUAUUCUCAGGUGAUGCCUUCAUUUCCAAAAGUAGAGCCGAUGUACAAUCCUGGGACAUUCCUGAUGAGCUGAAAGUGCGCUAUGCUGCACCUUUCCGAUUAAAAUUGAAAAAGACGCACUUCAAGCGGUUUAAACUGUGCCAUAAACUCACAUUUAUUGAAGAAUUUGUGCGUACGAUGAAAAACGAGAGUACGACUGUUUAUGAGACGUUGCUCAGUUUCAAGUUUAAUGACCGGUUCAGAUCGGUACAGUUCAUAGAAAAUGGCUGCGGGUCUGACGAUGAAAUGGCAGAGAUCAUAAGAAAAAGGAUGCCGGUGAUCGAGCGAGCGAUAUUUGAGCGUUUGGAUGAUGAGUAUAAAAGCGUUCUGUUCUUAGGUUAUGUAAUGCAUGCAUGUCCUGGUCUGUUGAGCGCAGUUCAUUUUGAACAUUUGAAGGACAGCCGCUACUACUACUUUGUGAAGUGGAUGGAGUAUCAGUGAUGGGAGAGCAGCUUGUCAUACCUUUGCAUUGUUAUGAUGGUGCGGUUGCAGUUGUCUGUUUGCAAUCCAUUCAUCUGUCUAUAGUGGCUUGGAAUGCAAGCACACGUUCUCAAAACGUGUCAAUCUCAUGCUCUAAUGGCCAUUUCUGUGAGCAUUGCACGAUAUCGUUAAAAAUGAACACGCAGUUAAAUGCAUGCUGUGAAAGACGGGGCAUCACUCACAAAGUCUCAUUAUUCAUCAGCGUGCGGAAUACAGGACGACAACCGUGUGGUACUUCUUCAUGAGAGCAAAGGCUGAUCAGCCAGAUUAACUUUAAUUCUGCAAGAAUACGAUUAUCUCUUUAGACAUUAACAACAUAGGUUGGAUGAAUCGUACUCUUGCUGGACAAGUUACAAUAACUGAACGAUCCGUGUUAACUUAUUGUGCGGUUCUGGUCAAAAAAACCGUUGUAUUUGUAAAUGAGGAUCAAAGACUGAGGAGUGUGAUUUGAAUAAAAAAUCGGUUUGAUUGUUUCAACAAAGUUAUUCGGGCUAAGAAAGCGCUGAACACACAUGGGUGCUUAAACUUAGGUCUAACUGUGCAAAUCCUGAUGGUACUUACGCGAA